CCUAUACUAAAAGCCAAAUAUAAAGGGAUUAUAGGAUGUCCACGUCGACAAUUAUAUUUGGCCAAUGAAAACAUUUCAUUAAUACACGUAGGAUCUGCUCUGUGAACUGAUGAUUUCGUAUGGGCUCUGAUCUGUUCUCAUGGGCUUCAUCGGUUAGCAAUGGGCUGAGCUAUCCGGUUCAAUUAAAAAAAAAUAUCCCGAGACGGAUAACGCGACGAACUACGCCUCUCUCCUCUAUCUCUUCGUCUUACGGGUUCUUCUCUAUCGUUUCAGUUCUCUCCAUUCUCAUCUUCACAAUCAAUACUCCAUUACUUCUCGAUCCAUCAAUCUCUUAUUUAUGAUUUUGAUUUCGAUUCCGUUUACUCUUCCCCUGCUACUUUAUAUACUGAUUUACUCUCCAGAUCGCAAACCAAACCCUAAAAUUCUCUAACCUCAAUUCGCGAUGAAACCGCAUGGAAAAUCCCCUAUCACCUCCGAUUAUGAUGAAAAGGUGAUGUUCUUCGGCGAUGUCUCACUUGGUCCUCACGAAACCCAGCUGCGUUUCCGCUUGAUUCAUUUCUGGGAGGCUUGGAACCCUGUAAAGAAAACGCUUAUUGGCCUUAAGAUGCUUCUAAUCGACGAACAGGGCGUAUUGAGAAAUACUUGCCUAAAAUGAAGCCUGGAUCGGUUUACAGACUAAACAAUUUCUAUGGAUCAAGCAACAAAUCGGUGUAUCGGGUUUCUGAUCAUGCCGUGACGGUGUCGCUCUCAUGGAACUCUGAACUGUCCGUUCUUGAAGACAGUCCCACCCCUUUUGAUGAAGACAGAUUCCGAUUUCAUUCCUUUGAGGAUUUUCAAGCUAACUGCGAUCGCAAAGGAGACCUCUACGAUGUUGUUGGACACAUGAAGCUGGUUAAUGGACAGAGUAUCAUCGAGACCCCGGUCCUGGACGAAGUGGAGAUAGCAAGGGCGAGGCAUGUCCUGGUUCAUGUGCAGUCACACGAUGGACCUGUGAUGAAGCUCUACCUUUGGGACCAGGCUGCAAGAGACUUCUGAAAAAAUUCAAAUCAUACGAGAACACCCCCACCGUGUUAUUGGUCACGACCGUUAACACAAAGAGUCUCGGAGGUACUCUUGCACUGACUUCAAUGUCCUCCUCACGUGUUUUUAUGGACUACGACGUCCAACCUACGAUCAACUACUUCGACUGGUUGAGCUCUAAUCCACAGAGUGUUGAGCGGGUUGAUGCAGAAGUGGUUACUAAACGUGAGACACUGGGAGAAAUAUUCUCCUACAUCAAGCAGGGGGCUUCUAAGUGGCUGCCAUACUAAGGCUACGAAAGGCCCAACUUCGUUGAUGUGUUCGAAAUGUGGGAAAGUCAACAUAGCUGGAGUAGCACAGUACCGUGCACAGAUAUCUGUCUAUGACAACAGUGAACAAGCUGUUUUUGUACUGCUUGGUGAUGCUGGUUAUGAGUUGACUGGGAAGCAUGCAUCAGAAUUGGUCAGCAACUAUUUUGAGGUAACUUUCAUCAUUCGGUACCAUCAAAUGUUGCGAACUGACGUUGUUGAACUUGACUGUCAGGCUAAUGGAAACCAAGGAGUUACCCAAGAGGUGCAUGUGCCGGAAGCUUUAAUCAGCACCAUCGGUCAAAAACAUAACUUUUGUGUGAAAGUUACAAAGCACAACUUAGAAGGGAAGUCUCGAUCUUUAACUGUGAGCAAGAUUCUCCCUAUGGAGACUCCAGCAGCAACAGAAUCUUCGGAGGAAACAUUUGAGACUGGAGCCAACGUGUGUGAAGCUUCCAAAGUCAGUGUGGAUUCGGCAGAGGGGAUGAAGAGAACUUGUGGCAUUGAUGAGAUGGGGAACGCUAAACGCCUUAAGGGUGGGAAUUAGAGAUUCCGUGUGGCGUCUCAUAGCUUGCAAGGGAUUGAUUUUGAAGUGUUUCUUUCCAGUUUAUUAUUGACUCAUAAUUUCUUUCGGUUUUUUUAAAGUUUUUAAUCUACUCUGAACGCUUAUUCUGCUUCUUAAGGAUUACUCUGUUUCUUUAGUUGUUUUGAAAUCUACACUUAUAAGAAACAGGUCAAUCAUUUCUGUGUGUCAACAUGUUAUCAUUUUCAUAUGUGGACGUGAUCCUUAAUGCAUGAGUAGGAGGGAAGUUAGUCACCACCACUUCCAAAAACACACAAAAAAAAAUUGAUGAUAGAAUAUUUCAGCAACCAACUUUCAUUAAGCAAUAUAAUUACUCCAGCUUUCAUGAACAUGUUCAACGCCAAAAUGUAGGACCAAUAUAUCAAGUGAAAAUCAAUCAAGUAAAUGAUAUUUCAACGUAAGAAAAUAAUCGCAUAUCUUAAACCCUGAUUUCCUUCCGCAUACACUCUUACACAUUUAAAUCAUUCUUAGAAAAUUUACACUGUCAUUCCGUAAACCUAUACAUUCUUCCUAGCCGCCUCAAACGCAGAGUAAAGGUUUCCUCUGCUUCACGUCUCAGGUUCGCCUUCUCCGUUGUUUGUGUGCUUCACCUCUCAGGUUCGUCUUCUCUGUUGUUUGUGUACAGUUUUAUUCCGUCAAAUUUCUAAAACGUUUCUAUUUCACAAUUUCAGAACCGAUCAUGAAAUCUCCAUCGAAAGUGUCUACCAAACUUUAACGCUAAACUACAAAAGAAAUGGAGAACCCACCUCCUCUACCCUUUUCGCAAACUGCAGGUAAAACAAAUCCCUACUUACGUAUUAUCCUAUAGGAAUAUUUAAUAUGUUGUUGUUUUGAGUGAUUCUUUAGAAAUUUGAUAAUUCAAACAUUACUUUAACACCAACAAUGUUUUAUGCUUUGGUAGUUGACACCAUAUUUUUUGUUUUAUAGUUGGUUAUCCACCUAAGAAAAACAAUCUCAAAAUUUUACUCUCAUCAGAAAAUAAUAUUUAUAUAUGGAAUUUGCUUAUUUAUUCACCUAAGAUUUCUUUGAAUAUUGUUAUCUUAGUAUUUGAUUCAAUAAUUUAUAUAUAGCAUUUUUUAAUUACUCGGUUUUAUUUACACUAUUAGAAUAACUUGGCAGACAAUAUAGUCACCUCUUAAGUGAUAGUAAAAUAUAUUGUGCCCGCUCCAUUAAUCUGUGAGAAAAUCUAUAUAACAUCAAUAAGAGAAUUCAUAAAAGAUAUUAAUAUCUUGAAUUUAGCAGUUAAUUACAUGACAACAUCUUAUUUUCACACACUUUUCCAA